UGCUUUUUUUUUUAAAGAGGAGGUGGUGCUGCUGCCGAAGGAAAGGACGGUGAUUGGCCUGUCGUGCGGCGCUUGUAGCCGAAGGUACCCAGCGGCGGCUGGUGUCAAUUCAUACUUCAGCCCGGGUGACGCGCCCUUUGCUUUUGGUUCGAGUGUUUCUUCCCUUUUUCUCGUUCGCCUUGCUGCGGCUCCUAAUCUGGUGUGAGCAGGACCAUGGCGGAUCAGGGCAACAGAGGCCCUUUAAUAAGUGAAACCAGACAACGUUUUGAGGCAGAAUAUUUAUCAGCAAAAAGAGAUAAAUAUGAUUCCAGGGAUAUAGAAAGAUUGCAUCAGGAUGAUACCUGGGUUGAUAAUUUCUUAAUAUGGCGAGAUGAUAUUGUGGAUGAUACACUGAAGAUGAUUGAUGAAAGCUUUCAGUGGAGGAAAGAGUAUGCAGUUCAUGAUUUGACUGAAUCUUCUUUUCCAAAAUUGUUGCUUGACGUUGGUGCUAUUUACCUACAUGGUUACGAUAAGGAGGGGAAUAAAAUAUUUUGGUUCCGAGUGAAAUUACAUACAAAAGAUUCUAAAACACAAUUUGAAAAAAAGAAACUAGUAGCCUUUUGGUUAGAGCGCUAUGCAAAAAGAGAAAAUGGAAAGCCAUUGACAGUGGUGUUCGACAUGGCUGACACUGGACUGAGUAAUAUCGAUUUUGACUUUGUCCGGUAUAUCAUUAGCUGUUUUAAAGUAUAUUAUCCUAACUUUCUCACAAAAAUUGUGAUUUUUGAAUUGCCUUGGGUAAUGAAUGCUGCUUUUAAAAUUGUAAAAAAUUGGCUGGGUCCAGAAGCAGCUACCAUGUUGAAGUUGACCAAUAAGAAUGAAAUCCAGGAGUACAUAACUGCUGAAUACCUACCACCUUAUAUGGGUGGGACUGAUACUUUCAAAUACAGUUAUCCUCCAUUAGUUGAUGAUGAUUUCCAAACUCCAUUAUGUGAAAAUGGACCUAUUGCCAGUGAAGAUGAAACUGAAUGCAAAGAAGUAGAAACCAAUAACAAAGACAACAUAGAUACUACUGAAGAACAACAACUCAAUUCAAAAAAGGGAAAUACUUCAGAACAGACUCCAAAAUCAGAAGAGUGUGACAAAUUAGAUUCUAAAACAAAAAAUGCCAAGAAAGUACUUACCACUUUUAAAGGAUCUUUAUUGCAUAUCAGUCCGGCAGAGGAAUUGCAUUUUGGGUCCAAAGAAACUGCAGAGAAAAAAUGUUUGAUAGUUCUGACAAAUGUUACUAAAAAUGCAGUGGCAUUUAAGGUGAGAACAACUGCUCCUGACAAGUACAGAGUAAAACCAAGUAACAGCAGUUGUGAACCUGGCACUUCAGUAGAUAUUGUUGUAUCUCUUCAUGGGGGUUGUGCGGCUUCUUUGCAAGACCGUUUUCUAGUUAUGGCAGCAGAAAUGGAACAGUGUUCUGGAAUACGAGCACAGGAACUAUCUCAAUUUUGGAAAGAAAUUCCUAGAAAUAAAGUGAUGGAACAUAGGUUAAGAUGCCAUGUUGUAGAAAGUAGCAAGCCUUCUUCUUUAACCAUAAAUGAAAAUGCCUUUAACAGCCCUUCAAAAACCAAUGAAGAUUUACACCUUCAGUUAAGACAACUACUACAAGCUAAUAGAAGACUUCAAGAACAGAUUGACCGUUGUGUCUGGUUCCAACAAGUUACACUUUUCCUAGUCUUUAUCCUAGUCACUAUUGUUUGCUACUUUCUGUUGUGUUCUCCAGGAAGUUCAAUAUAAUGUCACAUCUAUGCAAUUGUGCUGUAAAAAGACAAAGAACCAGUAUUACUCCAUGGGCCCUCCUUAUUGGCCAAAAGUGAGAUCUAUAUAGGUUUUUUUAAAAAAAUAAAAAAGGACUAAUGCGAUCUUUGCCUUUAAUCAGCACAUAUGAUUUUGUUAAUUUAUUAAAAUGUUAAAAAAAACAAGGUAAUAACAGAGUCUUUCCACUGGACACCAUAGUAACUUAUUUCUGUCAUGCAGAUAAAUUGCUUAAUUUUUUGCAUGAAAUGUAACAUUUCCUUUGAAAUGUAAUUGGGGAAUAGCAGACUAGAAUCCCAUUUACCACAAUGUCCUGGUGUCGAAGUACCACCAUGGCCCAUGAAUGUACAGUUUAAAACCGAAGAACUCGUUCCUAAUUCUUAUUCAUAUUUUCCAGAAAUAUUGCAACUAUUUUACACCGAACUAUAGCUCUAUUACAUAGCUAUAGCUCAAUAUAGCUCUAUUAUCCAGAGGUGGCUGCCAGAGUUCCAAAGAUGUUCUUAUGAGACUCUUGUAACUUGUUUCAUGUAGAAAGGUGCUGUAUACAGUACUAUAAUUUCAGUAUCCUUUUUAGUGAAAAUGUGUCACUAAUGCAAUAUUACUGAAUACAUUUUGGAAUAAUCUUAGGAUAACUGAUAGAAUAUUAUAAAUUAAUGAUUCCUAUAGUUUAGAAUGAAAGAUGUAUAUGAAAAUUCAUGAAAACAAGCAUAAUUUUGAAAUAUGAAUAAAUAUCUCUUAAAUAUUCCUUGCAUUUAAUUAGGCUCAAUAUUUCAUUAAAAUUAAUUGAAGCUGAUAAAUAUAUAUCAGGUACCCACAUUUAUUAAUGUGAAAUCUUUUUUUUUGUUUGUUCUUGUCAACCUGAGACAAAAUGAAGAUAUAUGGUUCAAAGCAAGCCUUAAAAUAAAUUCUGAAUGUUUUUGUUACACUGCAAAAUGCUGUAAAAGAGGUGGGGAACGAUGGCCCCUACCCCUGCAAAACAUUAAUCUGGAGCAUAUCAUAUCUAAGAAUUUCUCAUUUGCCAUUAUGCAAAUGAAGUAAACAUUGUGCACAGAGAUUUUUGUUAUAUUGUCAGGUUAUUCAUUGUUUAAAAAAUCUCAGAUUACCCCAAAUUCUCCAUGUGUAGGGAAAUUAUUAGAUAAUACCGGUAGCAAAAAGUAGCAUUCAGUGCAGAACACAUUUUUGUUAUUAAAUGCAACUGCUGUUACAAAUGUUCAGUUUAAUAGUACUACUUACCCUAUUUUUUCUCGAUUAGUCACUGCCAUUGCAAUUAGGACACUUUUAAUGAAUUCCUGAAAGUUUAUAGGGUUUCAAAAGCUUGUACACUUAACUAUAUUGGAGGUGCAGCUUUAAUGCGUAUAAUUAUGAUUUUUUCAUUCUGCUGAUAACAGAAGACUAAUUUAGAAGACCCCAUUUUAAAAAAUACUGCCCUGCUGUCAUUGAGUCAACUUAUUUUUACUCAUAGAGACAAAGAAAUACUGAAACACUAAGACUUUUAUCAAAAGGCAUAAUAAUUGGCAGGGCAGUUUCAAUCCAGAACAAUUAAUUGUGUAACAAUUACUUGUGUAAUAAUGAAAUAUAUUUCCGGGGUUACCUUUUGUGUUCCUGGAUCUAUUCUAUACUGAUUUGUCAUAUUUAGCUGUUGAUCACAAGCUACACAGUUUUCUGGGAUUCACUCAGGUUAUCUUCUCUAUUUAAAAAAGUAUACCACUUUCAUUUCCACAACAAAGCCAAACUGUUUGAAUCAUUUGUUUCUCAACUCAAAUCUGAGUGCUUUCAAUAAACCUCUGCCAUAAAGGUUCU